AUUGCAUUAAAUCACUUUAAUCUUUUGAAAUUUCAUCAAAAUUUUAUUUAUCUAAAUCGUGAAAUCUGAUUAUUUAUUUUUAGACAAUGGAUCACUACAAUGUGUUUGAAAUUAAUACCCUACCAUACAUUUGUCAUAUUAUAUUUUUGAGAAACAUACAUUUACCCGUAAUUUGGCCACAAUUUUCUAAUUAAAUCUUUUUUAUAAAUAUGGGACUUAGUAUUGAUAAUGUUUUGAACGGAGAUUCCGUGAUUAAUAUCGCAACUAUCCGCUCGACUAUUGAAAAUGUUCAUACUUUAUUAUUAUUUUAUGAAGAUUUUGAUGAGUUCAUAAAAAACUUCAGCAUUGCAGAUUGCUCAAGAGUCUUUAUGAAUUCAUACAAAAAACUAUCUGAAACCUUUGGAUUUGGACUCAAUGAUAACUAUUUCUCAAGCCGAUACACAUCAAUUCCACUGAAUACCUACAGUUUGUUUGCAUCUCAGUACAAGAAUGAUGAUUACCUGACUAAUUCACUCAAUCAAUAUUUUUCUGAUACUUCAUAUAGUAAUAAGUAUUUGGAUUCAGUGGUUUCAGGCUCCCAGAACUUUGCCGAGAUCUAUGCAAAUGUCUUAAAGGAUGUCUCAGUUAAUGAGAGCAGUGACUUGGCAGAUAAGAUGAUCAAGGAUUUCUAUAAAAAAUUUGAGAUCCUCGUAAAGGCACUAUACUUUCUAGCCUACAAGUCAUUCCAGCUUUUAAGCACGGUAUAUGAUAACCCACAACUAUUUCAAGAUGAGACUGAUAAUACAAAUGAGAAGUUUUACGUACCUCCUCCACCAACUACAUUAAUUGUUCUUCUUAAUUCAGGAGAGUCUAAGGAAGUACCGCUGGCAGAUCUGCUCAAAUGUUUCAUUAACCUGGGCUUGUUGGGUUAUUUUGUGGAUAUUUUGGAGAGCUAUUGUAUGUCUUUUAUCCAAUUUACUGUCCCACCUUCGAUUUCGGAUAAGGCAUACGCCAUAAGUCAGGAUUUUAACAUUGGCCUCCACUUGAAACACUUCUUAAAGGAUCAAGCUUUGAAUGAACUUAUCAAGACUGAAAUAUCAUCCAUGGUAGACGUUACACUAGGAAAACUUCUACUAGUUAACUCUUUUCUAAAGCACGUAACACAUUUAUUUAACAGCACUGAUACUUCAACUGCAAUACAGCCAGUCCAGUUCGCCUUUGACGAGGAGUUUUCAAAUGAUAUCUUCUUUAAACUAGUGGAUGCUUUUUUCAGGGAUUUUUGUGAAGUAGUUUCACUCCUGUUGCCAAUUUCCGACGCUUUUGAAAUAAUUGGGAAUUUUAAGUGUGUUUUGGAGAAGAAUAACCUGUUUGGGGGAAUAAAUUACUUUGAAACAUACCUGGAGAUAUCAUUAAGAAAUUGGGAAAAUCAACUCCUAGAUAAUGUCAGAACUUUAUCACAAACUCAGUACCCGCCAAUUGAGUCAGCAGAUUCUGACAUAUCUUCAAACGUACUGAGUUCAUUGACUUUGAAUGGCGAAGACCAUAUGGACUUGUUAUUUAUAAAGUCUCUGGAUUUCGGAACAAUUAUGAACUUGUACAACUCAUUCCUGAACGAAUUUUUGAGAUUGGCAGGACUAACAAACAUAGACGUUGGGAUGAUAACACAGAAUUUGUCUGUUCUUACCAAGUUGGAAAGUUGCUACAUCUCAAACAGCCUUUUCUUCAUAGUUUCUCUGCUAAUAAAGGUGAUUUUGAUGCCAGUGAUGCUGACACACGAGUUAUCACAUAACUCGAUGGCUCAAGAAACAGAAAACACGACACAAAAUGAAAUAUUGUUAAAGUACAUUGAAAACAAUUCUAAGCUAAUACAGAACGUGAUUUUGCUUUACGUGUUUAACUCCAACAGCUCAUUUAAGGACUUUUUAUAUAAUAUCUCGAAAGUAGAACGGGAUAUACAAGGCCUUAAACAAGUGCUUAAAGUCUUUGUAUUAUACAUCUCAAAUGUAUAUUACAUUAACCACUUGGCAUCAUUAUUGCCAUAUUUAGUCCAAUUUUCAUACCAAGUUUACUCCAAUGUUACAUCAAUUUCACUUGACGGACUCAUUGAGAUGGUUAGGAAGAGCUACAAGAUCAGUUUAAUCAAGAUAUCCCUGCUUAAAUUACAAGAUUUUUUAAUAGUCCACCUAUCAGCUCUUUCACAGCAGUAUGUUCAAAAGUUACUACACCAAGUGCUUCACCUGGAAUUGCAACACACCUCAACAGAGUCCACAGGAUCUGAUAUUAUAGAAUACUUGACUUAUUUCAAGUCUUUGGUCCUAAAAUAUCUACCCAAUGAGGUGUCCAAAAGUGUAAUUCACAUAUGCAUUGACUUGGUUUACAACUGCAUCAUAUUUGAAGUUUUGGAUUUUUUCGAAGAGAUCAACUACAAAUUUAACCAGAACCUGUUCAACAGGGUUAAGAUUUAUAUCCAGUCCACAUCAAUGUCAAUAGACAAUGAAAUUUUAAACGAUGACCAAAUGAAUCUUACUCAUAAUGAGAAGUUUAAUAACUUUUUGACCAUUUUCAGCCAUGAACACGCAAUAGCGGAGCACCUGUACUCUAAAAACGAAUACAAUAAAAUAGUGCGAUUAAUCAAACAAAUCAAAACAUUUUAAUAUUUAUCAAUAUAUGAUUAUGCU